CUCCGCGCUGCCAUUGGGAGCCGAGCCGCGCCGAGCCCAGGCAGCCGCCGCUCCCGCUCCGCCGCCGUCGCCAUGAGCUUCUUGUUUGGCAGUCGCUCCUCCAAGACCUUCAAGCCAAAGAAGAACAUUCCCGAGGGCUCUCACCAGUACGAGCUGCUCAAACAUGCCGAGGCCACGCUGGGGAGCGGCAACCUCCGCAUGGCUGUGAUGCUCCCCGACGGGGAGGACUUGAACGAAUGGGUUGCAGUUAACACUGUCGACUUCUUCAACCAGAUCAACAUGCUCUAUGGAACCAUCACGGACUUCUGCACGGAGGAGAGCUGCCCCGUGAUGUCUGCUGGCCCAAAGUACGAGUACCACUGGGCAGAUGGCACAAACAUCAAGAAACCCAUCAAGUGCUCCGCGCCCAAGUACAUCGAUUACCUGAUGACCUGGGUCCAGGACCAGCUGGAUGAUGAAACGCUGUUUCCUUCUAAAAUAGGUGUACCAUUCCCAAAGAACUUCAUGUCAGUGGCCAAGACGAUUCUCAAGCGACUCUUCAGAGUUUACGCUCACAUCUACCACCAGCACUUUGACCCGGUGAUCCAGCUGCAGGAGGAGGCACACCUCAACACUUCUUUCAAGCACUUUAUAUUUUUUGUUCAGGAAUUCAAUCUUAUUGAUAGAAGAGAACUUGCACCACUUCAAGAACUGAUUGAAAAACUCACCUCCAAGGACAGAUAAAAGGAAGAGGACUUCUUCAAGUCACUUGUUUCUUUAAGCGAGCGUGUGGUAUUUGUUUUUUUGUUAAUUUGUUUUUUUUAAAAAAGAAACCGAAACAACCCCCCUGUGCUGUUAUCAGUGACAGCUGAGAUCUACUUUCUGUGCUUUUACUAGGGGAAAUCUUUUCUCUGUUAGUGACAUGUGGUAAAUAGCUUUUUUUAUUAUUAUUAUUAUUUUAUUGUCGUUACUCAUUGUGGAAUUUCUAGGAGGUGCUGAGUGUUUGUAAAGGAAACGUGCUUGGUUGGGGGAUUGACUCUGCUGGUGGAUGGGUUCUUGUGUUGUGUCAGUGGUAGCCCAUUCUCAUGAAGUCCCUGGAAGACUUGCUUACAUUCUCUAAGUGCCUUGGCAGACUCACUUCUGAGGUGCAAAGCACAUACAAUACUGAACAUUGCUGGAAACAGAAAAUAUGUACUAACACCCAGACACUUACUGAAACUUGUUUUGAAAAUGUCUAUCUAUGCUUACAGUAAAAAAAAAAAAAAAAAAGCCAUAACUUGCUGAAAUCAAUGAUCUCCAGCUUUUAAUACAAAUACUUAUCUUAUUUUUUUAGAGAUAAAUAUAGAAUUUUUCAAAACUAGAUUAGUUCUUACAAAGAAAAGGCGAAGUUCUCACUAAAGCAAAAUGGCCAAGGUGGUAAAAUUACACACACCUUGUGCUUAGCAAGUAGUUCCAUGUCUGCUGCCAUGGGACUUUGCAUAGUUGCUUUUAUUUUCUUAGCAGGAAAUAAAUCAUCAGUUGGGUCAGCCAGCUUGUUAAGUUCCCCUAGCAGUUGCCAAAUGAACAGGUAGUUUGCACAAAUACUAUUAGGGAAAAUAUUCCCUAGGAAGAAUUGCACUUGGGUAGUAGUAGUGAUAAUAAUACGGAAAACCUGGUUUGAAAAAUAACUGGUGGAAAGGUGUUUUUAAGUUAGGAGUGCCAAGCCUGGCUCUGAGGAGGGGCUCUGGUGGCCAGUGUUUGCUGUUUGAGGAGAUGUGUCUUGGAGGGGAGAUAAUUUCAUGGGCUGCUUUGGAGUUUUGUUACUGUGAUGGUUAAAAUCACUGCCCACCUUCAGGGAGCUCCAGCUGUUGGGAAAAGCAACAGCAGCAGGUGAGGCCAAGGUGAGCACAUGACAGACAAGCUGAGCUUCUGUUUUGCACCCCGUGGCUUGGCCAAAAACGCUGAGUAAAGCUGGAGCUGGCGUGCAGAAGAGGUGAGUGGCCAUGGGCACAGCCAGCAGGGAACAGCUGAGCGCAGGAAUGACUCACUUGGGAGUGCUGGGUUCUGCUGAGGGAUCCUGAUCUUCUGGCUUUUCCUGUGCCACCAUCCGCCUGCCAGUGGGGAACCGAUCUCCCAAAUCCACAGUGCACGCUGUAGACACAGAGUGAGCAAGGCAGGAGCUCCCAGGUGCUCAGCAGGUGAUGUCUCCCACUAAAUGUCAGGGUGGCUCCUUGGUUUGGUGCCAUGUGCCAGCAAAAAGGAUCAGAGUGUAGGAAUGAGGGCACGGCAGGGCAGUGCUUCAGGUUCCCAGAACACUUCUGCCCUAGGAGAGCUUAGUUCUUGUUGUUGUUGUUGCAGUUUUUAUUUUUUUGAACAGCCAAUUCUAGAAAUCCAGAGGCAUCUGCUGCAGUUCAGCCAAUCAGAAUUGGGAUGUACUGAGUAUAAAAAUGAGUUCUAGGUGUGGAUAGCGUGGUUUUUUUACUUCAAUAUCUGGCAGUAGAAAGUCUUUGACCGAAUAGUUUCUAGGCACGUAAUAAAAGCUUGGAGAUCAUGAUUUGCCUGACAGCUGUAUGAACACAUUGUUUAAUUACACAACACUUGAAAAGAACAUCAGUGAGGACGUGUUUGCAGUGGUGGGGAUUUAGGAUCCCCGUGCUGUUUCUUUUUGCAGCUUUUCAUUGUUGUUUUGCUUCUGGAAGCUGUGGGACCAGAAAUUGCUGUGUGUUUACACUCUCGGAGUAAGGGCACGUGGAAAUGCCGCUCAAAGGAAUCUGGAUCGAGUGAAUGUGUUUAUAAAAUAGUGCAUUUAUGGGAGGAGAGGGGGGGACACCCCCUGCCCCUCCAAAUGAACCCCAGAGACAAACCCUGCGCUGCUCCAGGCCCCCAGUGUGCACUUUGAGGGGACAAAACCUUCCAGCUUUGGUCGUGGGGAGCACAAAGUGCCAGGGGGGUGAGGCAGGCUGUGCUUGCAGUGCUGCCUCAGGCCUUCCAGCCUGGCAGGCUCCCAGGUUCCUGUGGUUUGUGGUGUUGCUGCCAGCACCCUGGGCCUUGUCAGGGGUUUGGGUGGAGCUGGGAAGGGGCAGAGGGCCGCGUGCACGGAGCUCUGGCAGUGCUCAGGUGGAGGGAUGUGGGAUGUGCUGUCCAAGCCAGGGAUACAGGUUACUCCUGCCAACGGGAGCAAAGCCAGCACCUGCUGGUGCAGGUGGCCGAGGGGACAGAACAGGUUCUGAGGGGCAGGCAGCCCAUCUGCAAGUACCCAGUUUCUUUUCCUGCUUACUAUGCAAUGUAGAGCUUUGAACUUUGCUUUUCCGUGGAGGUAGAGAGGAGCCCUGUCCUUACUCAGUCCUUGGGAACUGAGCCCUCUCCCAGUGUCCCUGACCCCCACUUAACAGGUAAGGACACCUAUUUGCUGCUAUGGACUCUCAACUUACCUUUCAGAUUGUUCCUUUCUAUUUCUCACCCCUCUUCCUUUCUCCUGGGUCACCAGGCACAAUUUUACUGUAAACACAUCCUGUUGGAUAGCUGUGUUUUCCCUUGCUGCCCUCUCCUCCUCUCCUGCCUGCCAGAGUGCUGUUACUGUACAUAACCCCCCUUUUAGUUGGAUUAUUUAAGGAGCUGCAGCACCAACAGAGAUUCCUUGCUUCUUUCCCUUCCAAAAUACUCCUUUUCACACCAAAUCUCGUUUCCUUCACUGCUGGUAGCAGUUGUCUCUUUUCCAAUCCCUCACUCCUAAAACCACUGGCAGUUUUAUGGAUGCCCACCUUUUUUUCCUGGAUAUCUUCACUUUAACACGAGACUAGCAUUGGUGAUUUUCAGUGUUAAACCUCCUUCUUUCCCUGCUUUCCUUAUGGUUUCCUCUUGCCAGGUUCAGUUUGCAGCCUAGGAAAAUACCCAAUUCCUUUAUUUUGUUGGAAGAAGCAAUUCCCCAAAUUGUUCAUAGAAUACUGUAUUUUUAGGGGAGAUUAAUUUUUUAUAGCCACUAAACUAUACUCAUUAUUUUUGUACGUUUGCAACUUGGGGACAAUUUUUCCGAGCCGUGUCGCGGAGGGAACGUUUGAUGCUGUUUGACUACUUGGGAAUGCUGUGGUUGUGUGGUGUGGAGGCACACGCCUGGAUGUGCACUGGGAGAGAGAGAAGGAUGCAAUGAAAAUGAACGAGGCUUCAGUAAAAAAACAAAACAAAAAAAGAAACAAACUCCAAAAGCGACACUAACCUUUCCUCCUCCUUUAAAAUCCUGAAAUGUGUGGGAGAAAACACAGUGUAAUGUCUAAAAUGCAAGGAGAGAACCUUUACUGUGAGCUAACUGUGCCAAUACCGCUUUCAGUUUGUAGUCACUGAUGGAGAUUUCAGUUUUAAAUGAAAACAGCUUUUGAUUAAAAAAAAAAAAAGUUGAAUGUCUGAAAAUCUGCACCGUGUUUAUUUGAGAGUUGUAAAUAAUGUAUACAGAUGGUUGUAUGUGAUGGGGCAGAAUAUUUAAAUCCUAGGGUUUGUUUUUUUUUUUUUUUUUUUCAAUAAGAAACUGAAGGCUGUUUAUAAGAGAAAAUAAAUAGCUAUGUUUGACCA